AUGUCGGAAAGGAUUAAGCUCCUUGUGCAAAAGCGGACCUCCCUAAAGUCUCAGAUCACCAAUUUAGGCAAUCUUCUCGAUAAAGGAAAGAUAGAUAACGCCGCAUUAAAAUUAAGAAUCGCCCGUCUAACAGAUUUAUAUCAUGCAUUUGAGGAACAUAACGAUGAACUCAUGAUAUUGGAGCCGGAUGAGGGUCAUCGAAAUGAGUUCGCGCAAGUUCAACAACGGUUUUAUGAUCUGGCGGGUAAGGCCGAAAAUAUUUUAAACCCGGUGAAUAUUCCGAACGCGGACACCGGUACAACAGACGACGAACUGCGAACCGGUACAUCAGGCGACGAGCCGCGAAUCGGUACAACAAGCGACGAGCCGCGAAUUGAUAAUGGAUCAAACAUCGCUCCCGUCAAGAAACGGCGAAUCAAAUUACCCGACGCGCCACUGCCGACGUUCAACGGCAAGUACGAAAACUGGCUCUCAUUCAAAAACGCGUUUAGUAACAUGAUAGGGUCGCAAACCGAUUUGUCGGAUGUAGACAAAUUGCACUAUUUAAAAUCCGCAUUAAUCGAGGAAGCAGCGAAUAAGGUAAAAAUUUUCGCGGUCAACGGAAUAAAUUAUUCAAACGCAUGGGAACUAUUAGAGCGCUCAUAUGAAGUGAAAAGAGUCUUAGUAUCUCGACAUCUUUCACUUAUCUUAAAUACACCGACAUUAGAUAAAGAAACGACGAGCGGUCUAUCUAAACUCGCUGAUGAUACUCAACAGCAUAUUGCUUCAUUGAGCGCGCUGGGAGUUUCCGUCGGGUCCGAAAUGAUCGUACACAUUCUAGAAAGCAAGUUGCCGAAGACCACAUUAGAAAGAUGGGAAGCGAGUCUCGAAAGAGACGAAUUUCCGAAUCUCGAACAGAUGUACGAAUUUUUGUACAAGGCCGCGGUUUGUGCAUCGAGACGCGAAAGGAUAAAGAUCGCGGACAAUGAGAGAGGUAAGGGCGAGCCCCCGGUUAAGAGGAAGCGUUAUUCCGCGAAUCAAGCGUUCGUACUAAACUCAUCGCGUAAUUGCGUGGCGUGCAAAACCAAGCGACAUCCUCUAUACUUGUGUGACAAGUUCAAACAACUGUCCGUGCCUAAACGUAUCGAGUUAGUAAAGAACGCAAAGAUCUGUUACAACUGUCUGCGCUCACAUCGUGAUAGCCCUUACAAAUUUUCAAGUUGCACUAUUUGCCAAAAGCGACACAACACACUCUUGCAUUAUGAUAAAUACGCGAACGCUGGCAAACCGGAUGCAUCGAAACCUGCGACGGUCACAGCCGCAUGA